AUUGGUAAAUGUGUCACUGGAGUGUCAAAAGUUUAAUUUUUAUUGUAAAUUUUCUUGAUGAAAUCGGAUUUUCCUCGUUGAUAUCGCGUUGAUUUAGAUAGAAAAUGCAUUUCAGUUCGGCGAUUUUUUAGUUGUAAUCGCAGGUAACAAGCGCCUUCAUCGAUUGAUCGAAUCAAGGUCGUGUGCAGGAAUAGGGAGUGAUCUCAGCCGAACUUCUAACGCUUAGUCAAUCAUAAUUAUCCUCAAAUGGCUACUGGAACUACUCUUCAGAAAGCCAUUGAAUUAGUAACGAAAGCCACGGAAGAGGACCGGAAUAAAAACUACGAAGAGGCGCUUCGUUUGUACGAGCACGGUGUAGAAUACUUUUUGCAUGCCAUAAAGUAUGAGGCGCAAGGCGACAAGGCCAAAGACAGCAUAAGAGCCAAGUGCGUACAGUAUUUAGAAAGGGCGGAAAAAAUUAAAGAUUCGUUGCGGAAAGGGAAAAAGAAGCCUGUUUUAGACGGAGGAUCAAAGGAGGACAAGAAGAGCGACAGCGACGAUGAAGAUGAAGAUCCGGAUAAGAAGAAGCUCCAGAAUAAACUAGAGGGCGCUAUCAUAGUGGAGAAGCCCCACGUGAAGUGGAACGAUGUGGCCGGUCUGGAGGCAGCUAAGGAGGCCCUCAAAGAAGCCGUUAUUUUGCCUAUACGUUUCCCACAUCUAUUUAGCGGAAAGAGAGUGCCUUGGAAGGGUAUCCUUCUGUUCGGACCACCCGGUACCGGAAAGUCGUACUUGGCUAAAGCCGUCGCCACCGAAGCGAACAAUUCCACGUUCUUCUCCGUUUCAUCCUCCGAUUUGGUAUCGAAAUGGCUGGGGGAGUCGGAGAAACUGGUGAAGAAUCUCUUCGAAUUGGCCCGAGCGCACAAGCCGAGCAUCAUAUUCAUCGAUGAGAUCGAUUCGCUCUGUUCGUCGCGUUCCGAUAACGAAUCGGAGUCGGCUAGAAGGAUCAAAACCGAGUUUUUGGUUCAAAUGCAAGGUGUUGGUCACGACACCGAAGGGAUCCUCGUAUUAGGCGCAACGAAUAUACCGUGGGUAUUAGACUCUGCGAUUCGAAGACGUUUCGAAAAGAGAAUUUACAUACCGCUGCCGGAGGAGCCGGCUAGGGCUGUAAUGUUUAAAUUGCAUUUGGGUAAUACCAGAACGGAAUUGACCGACGAGGACAUUAAAGAAUUAGCCAGCAAGACGGAAGGGUAUUCAGGUGCAGAUAUAAGUAUAGUCGUUCGAGACGCUCUCAUGCAGCCUGUACGUAAAGUGCAAACAGCCACGCAUUUUAAGAAAGUCAGGGGGCCUUCUCCUACUGAUCCCAAAACGAUCGUUGACGAUUUGUUGAUACCUUGUUCGCCAGGUGAUCCUGGCGCAAUAGAAAUGUCCUGGAUGGAUAUACCGAGUGAUAAGUUAGCCGAGCCGCCCGUUACUCUGAAUGAUAUGUUAAGAUCUGUGUCUACCUCGAAACCGACAGUCAAUGAUGAGGAUCUAACCAAAUUGAGGAAGUUUAUGGAGGAUUUCGGGCAAGAAGGAUAAAGGGAUAGAUUAGAACAGGUCGGGUCCUCGAUUGUUUAGUCUUCUUGCUAUUCUUUCGCUUCUUUCUUUUUGUAAAUGAGAUUCACAUACAAAAUAAAUAUAUAUUACGCAUUAAGAUAUGCUUAUUAAAAAGUUUAUAUCCUCAUUUUUUUAAUGUAAUCUUGAUUUUGUAUUUUUAAAUGAACACGAAGUUUUAAAAUGUACAUAUUUUGAUUUGAUUUC